UCGGUCAGGUGCUCCGCGCCGAGGUUGCGUGGUGGUUCAAGGGGUCCCCUCCCUCCAGCCACCUCCCCGCUAUUGCCCCAGCUCCACGGAAGGGAGACCCUCUCCAGAUCCUGCCUCCCGCUGCCCCAAGUCGAUUUGGACUAACCGGAACCCUGCGAAGAUCAUCUUAUGCUGAACUGCUCAAGUCCCUUGAAAAUGACUUCGAGACUCCUCUGGGUGGCCUUCAAACUUGCUGCAUUAACACUUUCAGUUACCCUUUCUCUCCAACCAGAGCAGCAAAAGGUUCUACUAGUUUCAUUUGAUGGAUUCCGUUGGGAUUACUUAUAUAGAGUUCCAACACCCCAUUUUCAUUAUGUUAUGAAAUCUGGUGUUCAUGUGAAGCAAGUUACUAACAUCUUUAUUACGAAGACCUACCCUAACCAUUAUACUUUGGUGACUGGCCUGUUUGCAGAGAAUCAUGGGAUUGUUGCAAAUGACAUGUUUGAUCCUAUUCUGAACAAAUCCUUCUCCUUGGAGGACAUGAAUAUUUAUGAUUCUGAGUUUUGGGAAGACGCGAUACCGAUAUGGAUCACCAAUCAGAGGGCCGGACGUGCCAGUGGGGCCGCCAUGUGGCCCGGAUCAGAUGUGAAAAUACACGAGAGCUUUCCUACUCACUACAUGCUUUACAAUGAGUCCGUUUCCUUUGAAGAUAGAGUUGCCAAAAUCAUCGAAUGGUUCACAGCGAAAGAGCCCAUCCACCUUGGUCUUCUCUAUUGGGAAGACCCUGACGACAUGGGCCACCGUUUGGGACCCGACAGUCCACUCAUGGGGCCUGUCAUUUCAGAUAUUGACAACAAGUUAGGGUAUCUGAUACAGAGGCUGAAAGAGGCCAAGUUGUGGGACACUCUGAACCUAAUUAUCACAAGUGAUCACGGCAUGACCCAGUGUUCUGAGGAGAAGGUAAUAGAACUUGACCAGUAUCUGGAUAAAGACCACUAUAUCCUGAUUGACCAAUCUCCAGUAGCAGCCAUCUUGCCCAAAGAAGGGAAAUUUGAUGAAGUCUAUGAGGCACUAGCUCAUGCUCAUCCUAAUCUGACUGUUUACAAAAAAGAAGAGAUUCCAGAAAGAUGGCAUUACAAAUACAACAAUCGAAUCCAGCCGAUUAUUGCAGUGGCUGACGAAGGGUGGUCUAUUCUUCAGAAUAAGUCAGCUGACUUUAUGUUAGGCAACCACGGUUAUGAUAACGCGUUAGCAGAAAUGCAUCCCAUAUUUUUAGCCCACGGUCCUGCCUUCAGAAAGAAUUUCACAAAAGCAGCUAUGAACUCCACAGAUCUGUACCCACUGCUCUGCCACCUCCUCGGUAUCCCCGCCUUGCCACACAACGGGUCACUCAGCAGCGUCCAGGACCUGCUCAGCUCGCCAGCAACGAGACCAGCUCCUCACACUCCACGUCUCCACGGCGGUGUCAGACCCGGAGAACACGAGCAGGAGGAGCCAUACGCUUAUUUCAUAGGAGUCUCUCUCGGCAGCAUUCUAGUUGUUGUCUUUUUAAUAGUUUUUGUUAAACAUUUAAUUCCCAGUCAGAUCCCCACCUUACCAGAUAUGCAGGCUGAAAUAGCUCAACCAUUGUUACAAGCCUAAUGCUACUGAGAAGUGGAGGUUGCGUAACUGUAUCAGUGUUUAAAGGUUUCGGAUUCUCGGAAACCACCUUCAUACAUUUGCACAGACCAUUAAGCAAUUGUAUACAGAUCCAGGCACAGUCUUUCCCACGCACUUGCACACACACAGAUGGACUAAAAUACACAUGCCUGCAAAGGAUUAAAAAUGUCGAAGUGCGUUUCCAUUGUUCGGCCUGGCCUAGGGGGGGAUAAGAUCCUGCUUUAUUUGGACUUGGCACAUACAUAAAUAUAUAUUUAGUAACUUUGCACUAUUUAAAGUACCUUAUAUGUUGCACUUUAAAUUAGUCUCCUAAUGGGUACUUCUAUGUGAAAGGCACUUUAUUGACAAUUAUGUCUUAUAAGUUGGUUGAAAAGGAAGGCUGUUGAAAAUUAGAUGGACCAAGGCCUUUGUGCGUUGCAUUUUGGAGAGAUUUAUUCCUAACAGCAGCAUGAAUCUCGGCAUUCCUUGUCCUGUGUCUUUCCCAAGGACGUAGGUUUUCAUUUUGUUUUCCCAUGAAAAAAGAUUCAAUUACUGGCAGAUUCUAUCUAGACAUAUUGUUUCUGCCAUAAAAUUCAUUAUUACUAUUUCCUGAUUCAUCAUUUUCCUCUGACUUUUUAAAACACCACGAAUCCACAUUUCUUUCCUCUGUAGUCCAGCACUGGCCUGAAUAUUAGAGAUCGCGUAUCAUCCUAGCGAAUGUUUUGUUCUAUAAUUAUUUGCUUUUUUGAAAAUGAAAUCAUUAAUUACAUUAAACAUCAAA